AUGUGUCUGGAUUAUUUAAUAUUGCCGCCGACUCCUGCUUCCACCUCACACAUCCACCUCACCUCUGGACCCAUGUUUACUCUGUCGGGUGUGGUGCUGUCGGGUGUGGUGCUGUCGGUGUGGUGCUGUCGGUGUGGGGCUGUCGGUGUGGUGCUGUCGGUGUGGGGCUGUCGGUGUGGUGCUGUCGGUGUGGGGCUGUCGGUGUGGGGCUGUCGGUGUGGUGCUGUCGGUGUGGGGCUGUCGGUGUGGUGCUGUCGGUGUGGUGCUGUCGGUGAGGGGUCGGUGUGGGGCUGUCGGGUGUGGGGCUGUCGGUGUGGUGCUGUCGGGUGUGGUGAUGUCGGUGAGGGGUCGGUGUGGGGCUGUCGGGUGUGGUGCUGUCGGUGUGGGGCUGUCGGGUGUGGUGCUGUCGGUGAGGGGUCGGUGUGGGGCUGUCGGGUGUGGGGCUGUCGGUGUGGUGCUGUCGGUGAGGGGUCGGUGUGGGGCUGUCGGGUGUGGUGCUGUCGGUGUGGGGCUGUUGGUAUGGGGCUGUCGGUGAGGGGUCGGUGUGGGGCUGUCGGGUGUGGUGCUGUCGGUGAGGGGUCGGUGUGGGGCUGUCGGGUGUGGUGCUGUCGGUGUGGUGCUGUCGGUGUGGGGCUGUCGGUGUGGUGCUGUCGGUGUGGUGCUGUCGGUGUGGUGCUUGCUCAGUAA